AUUUUAUAUAAUGAUGCUAAACUCUAAGCUAAUCCCUCUAGCUUCGGUAAUUAUCUUCCUCAACAUCUUGUGAGCAACCGGUAUCUGCGUGCUUGCAAAGAAAUAUUGGUGCUUUGGAAUCAGAGAGUUUUACUUCAGGUCAAUCGCAGUAUUCUUGAUGGUAGCUUACUUGAUACGGAUUGCUGAGCUCGUUUAUGUGUACAUCAUAGUCGAACGUAAUCAAGAGUUUAAUAAACAAACUGACAGUGAAGCCCAAUUUUAUAGAAAUUGGCUGGUUUAUGGCCCAAUAAUAUUCCAUGGGUUCUCGUUGUUAAGUUAUGUGUGAAGAUGGUCAAGUUUUUGAAUAAUGACAACAGCACAGAUUAGUAUCAGAGAAAGAAAAAUUAAGAAGCUAAACAGAAUAGUCAAGAUUAUCUAUAUAGUUGUGCUCUCCUUAUACCUGAUCAUUUAUCUCUUCAAUCAUUUUAUUCGCAAAAUUUUGUUUGACAGCUUUUCAGGCUGGUCUGUGAUUCUCCUCAAUGCUUCAUGCGCUAUUUGACUGGUAUUUGUUUCUAAUUAUUUCUUAUGAAUAUUAAAAAAGCACAGGAGAUCUCUGUAUGACCAAAAGGCUACACCAAUCAGGAUAUACACUACCUUGAUCAGUUUCUGGGUCUUACUGCGAGUGGCAGGACUCUCACUUGAUUUAUAUAUUCAGAUUUGAAGCUCUGAGGAGACAAGGCUGUUUACUCUUAACAUGAUAGGGCUUAUAUGUUGUUACUUUACUGAGCUAUUCCCUUCGAUCACAAUCAUGGUGAUUCUCUGGAAGUCGUUCAAAGAGAUUGAGCUAAACAUGAUCAAUAAAGAACUCAGUGCUAAUGAUAAGACUGAAUCUGAGCAGACGAAGCCAUCAAAUUAUCAGUCCAAUACUUCUUUGAAGAAACAUCUCCUUGAGACAAGACAGGCAUCUGAUUUGUACGAUGAUAGCUUGAAGAAAUCUAGUUUGCUGUCCUUCUCACUGAUCUCUGAACAUGAACUUGAGUCUACCAGCAAGUGGGACGAUGAGAUAACUGCUGAGUCACGCUCUUUCCUUACUUAUUAUUAAACAUUGUUCAGGUUCCAACAAAUUAUUCUGAU